AUGGGAAUUGCUCCUGACGCUGUUACUUACAACUCGUUGAUUAAAGGAGUGUGCGACAGAGGUCAGUUUGAAGAAGCUACAAGGCUGUUUUAUGAAAUGAAGAGUAGAAAUAUCUAUGCAGAUGUAUUCACCUUCAACAUCUUUGUUGAUGGACUAUGUAAGGAGGGGAAAAUCGUAAAAGGCAAAAGGGCGGUUGAAAUUAUGAUUGAUAAAGUUCUUGAGCCUGAUCAGAUUACCUACAAUUCACUAAUUUAUUGUUUACGAGGUGAAAUGGGUGAAGCAAGAAAAGUCUUUGAUCUGAUGCUCGGCAAGGGCCGCAUGGUUGAUGUUUGGAGUUGUAAUAUAUUGAUCAAUGGAUACUGCUGCGAUAAAAAGAUUGAUCUGGCAAAUGACGUUUUUCAGGACAUGUUACCGGGGAGGUUGCUAGAAGCAGAAGAGUUGUACUCUCAGAUGCUAAGUUGUGGCCAACUUCCUGAUCUUCAAACUUGUGCCAUUUUGCUUGAAGGCCUAUGUAGUAGCAACGAUCUACUUCCAAGGGCAGUGGAACAGCUUACAGAGAUGGAAGGUAAAAAGUGGAAACUGAAUAUCAUAAUUUACACCAUCAUCAUUGAAGGUAUGUGCAAAGCUGGAAAACUAGAAUCUGCCACAAACCUCUUCUCUAGUUUGUCAUCAAGAGGAGUUCAACCUGAUGUGAGGUCAUACAAUGUGAUGAUUAAUGGACUCUGUGAUGGAGGCCUAUUGGUUGAAGCGGAAAAGUUGCUUAGAGAAAUGGGAGCGAUGGGCUGUUCUCCAGAUGGUUGCACAUAUAACAUCAUCAUCCGAGGGUUUCUUAAUAACGACGAGAUAUCAAGGGGUGUGCAACUUAUUGAAGAAAUGAUGGAGAUGGGAUUCUCUUCAGACGCAUCAACUAUGGAAUUAGUACUUGCUUUGUUGUCUAAAGAAAAUGUACAUCCAGCAUUGUUGCCAUUUCUAGAAGUUCCAUCAAGAGGUUAA